GGCUCACUUUCAAACAAACAUCUAGCGUGCUUUGUGGUAUUAUUCUCUGAGCUUCACUCCAAAUUGGAAGUGUUGUAUCGUUUUUUUGUGAAGAUGAAGUUUGAGAAUGUGCUGGCGGAGGUGUCCGGCUUUGGGAGAUUCCAAAUAAGGACGAUCCUCUUGAUGAUAAUUUCUCGUCUGACUAUACCUUUUCACUUUCUAAUGAAUAAUUUCGUCGCGUUUAUUCCCUCUCACCACUGCGACAUCAGCUCUCUGGAUGAUGGAGGAUUUUUUAGUAAUUUAUCUCAGGCAGAAAAGCUUGCUGUAAGUAUUCCAGUCCAGGCGGACGGGACUCCAAACUCCUGUCAGAUGUUUGCAGAGCCUCAGUAUCAUCUGCUGCUAAACUCCUCCAACAUGACUGAACUACCCACAGUGCCGUGCCAGAAUGGAUGGGUGUACGAUAACACCACCUUCACGUCUACUCUGGCCACAGAGUGGGAUCUGGUUUGUGAUAAGAGAAGAGUGAACAAGGCAACAGCAACUAUCUUCUUCAUUGGGGUCAUGACUGGAGCAGCAGUAUUUGGCUAUCUUAGUGACAGGAUUGGCAGGAAAACAACACUUCUGGUGUCCUACAUGACAACCGCCUUCUUUGGAUUUGCAAGUGCUUUCUCAUAUAAUUUCGUCAUGUUUGCUGCCAUGAGGUUCUUUACUGGAGUUGGCCUUUCUGGAAUAAGUAUCAUCACCGUAGUCCUUAGUAUUGAAUGGGUGGACAUCAGGCAUCGAACUGCAGUGAGCAUUUUAAUGAGCCUGGACUGGAGUUCUGGCGCUGCUCUGCUACCUCUUGUGGCCUACUUUGUGACUGACUGGAGGUACCUCAUUGCCACAACAACCGCCCCACUGUUUCUGGGAAUGAUCUGCUGGUGGUGGCUCCCUGAGUCUGCUAGAUGGCUGAUAAGUACUGGGAAGGUCAACAGUGCUCAUUUCCAUCUGAGCAAGUGUGCAAAGGUCAACGGCAGAGAGCAGUUCAUGGCUGAAAUAAAGCCUGAGACUCUGUCCAAAGCAAUACUUGUAGAAAAUGAAAAUAGAAAAUAUUCCUAUUUGGAUCUUGUGAAGACCCCCAGAAUGAGGAGACUGGCUCUGCUCACUGGAAUUGUGUGGUUUGGAGUGGCCUUUUCGUAUUACGGAAUCAGCUUAAAUGUUGCUGGAUUUGGUGUGAACAUUUACCUCACACAGUUCAUCUACGGCGCGAUUGAAUUUCCAGUUAAGGCAUUUAUCUUGUUCAGUUUGAACAAAAUUGGCCGAAGGAAGAAUCAGGCUGGAGCACUCUUUCUGACUGGACUGUGUAUAUUUUGCAACAUGUUUGUCCCUCAAGAUAUGGGGCCGUUUCGGACAGCUGUGGCAGCUUUGGGCAAGAUGUUUGCAGAGGCGUGUUUUGCAACUCUAUUUCUGUACACAACAGAACUUUACCCCACAGUAAUGAGGCAAAAUGGAUUGGGUUACUGCUCCUUCAUAGGCCGUACAGGGGUGUCUAUAUCCCCCCUGAUCAUACUUCUUGAAGAAGUGUGGGGCCAUUUACCAAGUACUAUUUUCUCCCUGGCGGCUGUUGCUGCAGGGGUGUCAGCUUGUUUUCUUCCUGAGACACAUAAUAUCCAUCUACCAGAGACUAUUGAGGAUGUGGAACACACAAGAAGAAGAUCAAGCUCCACAUCUGACAAGAAAUCUCAACCGUAAUGUUUUCGUCAUUGCAACCAAAAGGCCAAUAAGUUGAGUUACAGGGCAUAUCAGUCAGUGGCGGUAAUAGGUUUUAAAUAAUAAAAGAAUGAACAGUGUUUCUUAAAUAACCACAACCUGUAUAACUUUUUUAAAUAUAAUAUUUUAAUAAAUGUAUUAAAAUAUUUUACAGUACCAUUGAUCAAUGAUUGAUUUUUUUGGGUUGUUUAGGCUUUUUUCCCUGGUUUUUAAUCAUUGUUUGA